AGUCGCAAGUCCAUAAGCCUUGGAACGGGUCUACACCGGGUCUGUUGGCAUAGGGAAAGUGUGAAAGAAAUCGCAACCACAACCACUUCAAGAGUGGAGGUUAUCAAGCAAGCAAAAGCCCUCAAGAUACAAAAGUUACGGUGUCCCUCGUCAAUCUCCUUUCAUCGAUACACCUCCCAGAGUCGCAAGUCCAUAAGCCUUGGAGCGGGUCUGUACCGGGUCUGUUGGCGUAGGGAAAGUGUGAAAGACAUCGCAACCACAACCACUUCAAGAGAGGAGGUUAUCAAGCAAGCAAAAGCCCUCAAGAUACAAAAGUUACGGUGUCCCUCGAUAAAAGGGCUACGUAGCGAGGAUUUCAUUGCACCAAAAGAUCGUUUGCAUGAUGACUAUGUCACUUCAAGACCAAUGAAAGAGUGGCAUAACAUAGAUUCUUAUGUCAUCAAGUUACUGGAGAAUAAUCCAGGGUUAUCGGAAAAUGAUUGUUUCGCAGUCUGUUGUCGGAGCUUAAGUUCAUUAUCAAAACAGGUUUCGGAUUGGCCAAACGGUGUCUCUAAAUACGCCUCCGCGUUACUUUCAAAAUGGAAGGGGCCCGAAAAACAACACUGGCUUGAGCUCGCAAAAAAAAACAUUCAGCGUAAACGUGACGAUGAGAAGAUUUCAUCUAACAAUGCUGAAAUUCAACAGAAAAAAAUUAUCCAACAUCAACGAACCACGGUUUCUGCUAUUAACUUAGUCACCGAAGAAAUCGAUGAACUAGCACCACGUAAACGUCAACGUGGACAAGAGCCACGAACACCAGAAAAUAAGCCUUUGAAUGGGAUGGCACUCAGGAAAACAAAGAAGAUCUGUUACACUGAAUUCUCAAGUCCAGGUUCACCAGAUUUAGAGGAUGUAGAAAAAUUUAAGGCAAGAUCACAACAAUAUGUCCGUAAUAACUCUCGUGAAAGCACACCAUGUCCGACAACUCGUUCAGUCACACGUACUUUAAUGGUAACGCCUAAUAAACCCAUUAUUACGAAAGCAACAUAUGAUGAAUAUUCUGCACAUAUAAUUUGUGCUUUUAAUACAACGGUACAUCUUGUCAAGAAAACUAUUGGAGAACAAGACUAUGAAAAAGUUAAAAUUAUACUUCAAAUGGGGAACAAAUUAGUCAUGAAAGAUUCAAUAGUAGAAAAGCUCAAAAAAAUAUUUCAAUCAGAAUAUUCUGAAGUCGAAUCGAAAAUCAAACAACGGAUGAGGAUAGUCAUGGACCGCGACAUGCUUGAACGAUCUUAUAUCAUUGAAGUCCUGUCACCAAUUCUCCUCGCAUUUCGCAAAGCGUUUCCUGAUGUAAAGUAUAUGUGGGUAGAGAAGGAUGUGAGAUCAAUAAAAGAAGCAAACAUUAUGUUUAUGGGUAAUAUUGGAGAACGAAAGACAGAUUUACUCAUUCUCAGGUUAUCCGACGCAAGAGAACUUUUGAAUGUUGAAGUUUCUGGACCUCCGUAUAGAUCCACAAAAAAGCAUACUGUUGGUGACGAUGCUAAAAAUGUUAAAACUUAUAGCAUUCAGGUUAUAGGAGACCGACUUACAUUGUUUGCUGUUUCUCUAGCAGACAAAAGAAAGUAUUUGGCUGUUGAAUUGGCCUCUUUUAUUCGAAAUGAAUUUGUGGAACAAGAAAAAUUACAAAGAAAAAUCCGUUCCUUUAUUCCAACUGACAAUUGUUCCGAAAAUUUAAGAGAGUGGUUACAUCUACCGGAUGAUGAAGAUAUGGACGAAAUCUUUCUGUGA